AUGAAAACAGCAGUUAUUCUCAGCGCACUUUGCCUUGCAACCGCAACCAGCGUCUCUGCCUUGGAAAAGAUCAUUGCUUAUGCCGACAGUUUCACUGACAAUGGCAAUGAUUACAAGCACAGCGGCUUCCCUGUUUCUCCUCCCUACUGGAAGGGCCGCUUUAGCAACGGUCCCACCUGGCUCGAGUACGUCGCAGACGAAUUGGAUGGCCACAAGGUGAUUAACUUUGGCCACGGUGGUGCCCCCGCCGACAAUGCCUACAUGAUGUCCGUCUUCAAUGGGUACACUGUCCCUGGCACUGUCCAACAGGUCGAGCAACUUGAAGCCAACGGCACCCCCGAAGAUCUUUACAUCAUCUCCAUUGGUUACAAUGACUUGAACGGUAUCAUCAACCCUGACCAGUACAAGAUUGUCAAGCCCGGUUACGGUGUUGAGGAUGUUACCGGCGGCGUUGUCAAGACCGUCAACAAGUUGGUUGAAAAGUAUGGCGCCAAGCACUUUUUGAUCCAAAAUUGCCCUCCUUUCUGGCGCUGGCCCGUGGUCAAGGACGAGGACAAGGAGCGUGGCAAGGAAUUGCAGAUCGCCUAUAACGAUUUGACCAAGCAGGAGCUCGAGAAGAUUAAGGGUAUCGAUGUGCAGUUCCAGGACAUCAGCACCUUCUGGAACAACCUUUUGGAUCAUCCCGAGAGCCUUGGUUUGCGCACGGACAACGGCCCUUGCAACCCUGGUAUUGGCAAUGACAACCUUUGCGAUGAUCCUGAGACUCACAUGUACUUUGACAGCUACCACCCUAACAAGAAGGCUCACAAAGCUUGGGGUGAAUGGGCUGCCGACGAUCUCAAGAAGCGCUAUGACCUUUAAUUAUAAGUCCACACUACUAUGUU